AUGUUCGCGGCGCCAAGAGGCACGCGCGCGGUUUCGCCAAACGCGAGUCCCAACGCUGGGCGGACGGCGCUGGUGAUGCGGCGGCGGCUGCCUGUCGCUUGUGGCCGCGGGCGGAAACGGAGGUGGCGGCAGUGCGGCGCCGGUCGCUCUGCACUGCGGCCACCGCGCGGAGCUGGUGGGGGGAGGCGGCGCCCCCUCCUACCAGCGCGUGUUCUCGCGUGGCGGCGCUCGGGCGGAGAGGGCGGCCAGCGUGCGCCGGCAAGUGGGGCAGAUGCCCGCGGCCCGGACUGCAGGUUCUCUCUGCGGUGCGCGAAGGCUGUCGCGGCGCAAGCCAGCGCGGGCGCGCGUUUGCCGGCCACAGAGCGAAGCAGCGGUGCCGCCGGCACGGCCCGGCACCCUCGGCGGGCGCUGAUCACGGCCCGCGAUUGGGCUUGCACCGCCGCGAGGCGGGCGCACCUUCCGCUCCACUGGUUUCCCAUUUCUCUAGUGGGUCUGUGUUUUGCGCCAGCUGCGAAUGCCUCCAGCACGCGCGUUCAAGCCGACGAGAACGAAUCCCUGCGGAAGACAUGUGUCGCCGCCGCGGCAGCGGCGAAUGGGCCAGCGCACGCGGGCCUGGCGGCGGUGCGGUGCGGUGAAGUGGACGACGCGCCAGGGGGCUGUGUGGAACUUCCCGCGCGCGCCUCACCUCGAUCAGGGACGGAGGCCCAUGGCAAAUCCGGCGGCCGCGGUGCCGGGACUCAGUGCCUCGCAAAGGGGGAGCCAAGGACCGGCGGGCAGUCCCUUCGACUCGUUGUUGGCCCUCGGUGGCGGCAGUUGGGCUUUUUUUGGGCGCCGGCGUGCGCAGGGGGCCCGGGGCAAGUGCAGUGGGCUUCCCGCCCAACAGCUGCGCGCGCCGAAGUGCGGCGGCACCUCUCGCGCUGA